GGGAGCUUUGGUUAUCAAACAGAGAAGUAAAGCGAAAGGAUAGCAGAAGAAGAAGACGCAGUUGCAGUUAAAUCAGGAACAUACAGGAUUCUGUAGCACACGGUACACUCCGAUACAGCGGUAACACGCUCGUGUUAACCUGUAUACAGCUUGUCACUUCGUUUUCUUCCAUCUUGCAGCAUUGUCGUCGGUUUAGUGGGUCUUUACACUCACCCCAUGGCUAUGAGGAGCGAGGCCAGGCUGCAGGCUGAGGAGGAGGAGGAGGAGAACUUCGGCCCUCAGCCUCUGUGCAGACUGGAGCAGUCUGGAGUCAGUGCCAGUGACAUCAAGAAGCUGGAGGAUGCAGGCUUCCACACCAUCGAGGCGGUGGCCUAUGCACCGAAGAAGGAGCUGCUCAACAUCAAGGGCAUCAGUGAGGCCAAAGCUGACAAAAUCUUAACUGAAGCUGCCAAACUGGUGCCCAUGGGUUUCACCACAGCUACUGAGUUCCACCAGAGGAGAGCAGAGAUCAUCCAGAUCUCUACAGGCUCCAAGGAGCUCGACAAGCUGCUGCAGGGUGGGAUUGAGACGGGCUCCAUCACAGAGAUGUUUGGAGAGUUUCGGACAGGGAAGACCCAGCUGUGCCACACACUGGCUGUCACCUGUCAGCUGCCCAUUGAUCAGGGGGGUGGAGAAGGUAAAGCCAUGUACAUUGACACAGAGGGAACCUUCAGACCAGAGAGACUCCUAGCUGUCGCUGAACGGUAUGGACUGGUGGGCAGUGACGUUCUGGACAACGUGGCCUACGCCCGAGCCUUCAACACAGACCAUCAGACCCAGCUGCUGUACCAAGCCUCUGCCAUGAUGGCUGAGUCCAGGUAUGCUCUGCUGAUAGUGGACAGUGCCACGGCUCUAUAUAGAACAGACUACUCAGGUCGAGGCGAGCUGUCGGCCAGACAGGGACACCUGGGCCGCUUCCUGCGCAUGCUGCUCCGGCUGGCAGAUGAGUUUGGUGUUGCCGUGGUGAUAACCAACCAGGUGGUAGCACAGGUGGAUGGAGCUGCAAUGUUUUCUGCAGACCCCAAGAAACCAAUUGGAGGCAACAUUAUGGCUCAUGCCUCCACCACACGUCUGUACCUGAGGAAAGGCCGAGGUGAGACGAGGAUCUGUAAAAUCUACGACUCUCCCUGCCUGCCAGAGGCUGAGGCCAUGUUUGCCAUCAAUGCUGACGGAGUGGGAGAUGCCAAGGACUGAGCUGGCAGCAGGGUUGGUGGAACAUGUCACCACUAUUACCUAACCCUAGACUUCAGUUGUGUGUGAUCUUGACCCAUACUACUGCUGUCACACUCAGCCUCAGACUGAUGGGUAAUCAAGAGACCAGGGCAAGGGGUUGAUGAGUGAUGGGAUGGGAGGAGUUUCCUGCAGACGGAGGGUUCAUUCAGACUGAAGCAUUGCACACAACAAGGAAAAAAGUCUUCUGCAGUCAAGACACUUCUUUAUCAUGACCUGAUAGUUUUCUAAUUAUUAUGAUUUUUGCAUCUCUAGGAUUACCAGAAAUCUCCUCAUAGAGAGGUGACGCCUCUGUGUCCCAUGGGACCUUAUUUCAGAAAGAGUAAGUACCAUAGUGAAGAGAAGAGACACAUAAUAUUUGGUUCCUAUUUUAACUGUGCCGUGAAUCACGCAUGUGAUUCUGUUGUGAUGUGUGUAUGAUGUUUAAAAAGUCAAAGCCUCAGUUAGUCAUAGAGAUGGUUAAGCAUCAUCUAGUUUAGGGUUAAAGCGCUCAGUGAACUACAUCGUCUCACUCAACUCAAUGUCACCAACACCAACAUGGAGCCAACUGGCCUCAGAAAAGGUUGUAAAAAAGAUGAAAAUCACAAUAAAUCUGCUCAUAUUGACAACUGUGUUCUGUGAAAGGAGAGUUUGUCAGUUUGGUGAGCUGCCAAUAUACAGGAGCAGCUUUUGUCAAGUUGGAAAAUGUAGACAAACAUCAGGUGUAAUUCCUGGCAUAAUUCAAACGGGUCGAAGGACCAUUUGUCUUUAAGCAGCAACUACAUCACAUAGGUUUUCUAGGUCCCAUGGUGUCCACUGGAAGAGAUGGGCCUUCACCUCUCAUUACUUACUAGGUAUUGUUGCAUAAUUAUUGAAAAACCCUCAGAAUUAGAAUUCUUAGUCACAUCAUUAGAUCUCUGUUGCAUAAUUAAAAACGAACUUAAGAUCUUUAAGUCAUAAUUAGAGAUGGGGCUAAACUUUUUUCUUUGUUGAAUGCAAUAUGCUGCUGUAGUUUAGUUUAAGUGGGGAAAAAGUAUUUCAAAUGGUUUGAGAAUGUUGUCUUUAUUUCGUUUCUGUUUCAUGGUCCCAUUUUUGGGGGAUGGGGGGUGGUGAAUGUAUGAUGGCAAAAUGUUUAGUGAGGUAGCUGCUUAAACGCAUUAUAUUCACAUGAAAGCAUUCUCAUACGUUCUUAAAAAGCUCCUGCCAGCUUCACCACUGCUGGUGCUGUUUAUGUUUCUGUAUAUGAGAUUCAUUAUAAAAUUAAAAUUGUCUCUGUCAA